GGAAGGGGGGAAAAGGGAUACUCCAGAGCUAGGUGCAAGCGUGGAACUGUGGCAUGCACCCUUCUCACUAACGCAGGCGUGCUUCUCCAGUUAGCUCCCUGACCAUUAGAAGAAAGUUUGGAAGCGAAGAUGUGCAACCUAAAGCUGUCAGCUUUCUUCAUUGUACUUUCUGUCACGCUGAACUGUUUGGAAGCUACAUCUAUUGAGAAAUUAUUAUCUGUGACUGACGAUCUCUCUGAUGGGACUUCCAAGAGGCAAGAAUGGAUACUGCCCAUAAUGUCACAGAAUACACUCUCAGGACUUAGUGAGGAAAUGCCGGAACAGCCAGCAGCAAAGACAAAAAGUAGUCACCAACUGGAGAAACGGAAGUGCAACACUGCUACAUGUGUGACACAACGCUUGGCUGACUUCUUAGUUCGUUCCAGCAGCAACAUCGGAGCAAUUUAUUCACCUACUAAUGUGGGGUCCAAUACAUAUGGAAAGAGGGACACAGCUGGGCUUUCAAGCAGAAAAUCCCAAAACAAUACAAAGCUUUAGGGUGUUUUAAUGACUAUCAAUACAGUUUUCAUUAGGAACUCAGUUUCUAAUGUAUCAAUAACCUUUUGGUCAUUUAUUACUUGUACAGUCUUAACAGUGCCUUGUUUUCUUUGUGUACGUGUAUGUAAUUUAUGCAUGUAUAACAUCAUGCAUAGGCUAUCGUUUCAAAUCCUUUAAGAACUCCAGAAGUCUGCUUGUCAAGUUCCUUUGUAAAAAACAAAAAACAAUAAUAAAUGGCAGAAUAAUUCCAACUUUUUUAAUUUAUUAUUAUUAUUAUUAUUAUUAAAAGGCUAAAAAGAUAAA